GGGAAAUGAAAGGCAGAUCAAUGCAAGAGCGUCUCAUGGCGCAUCAACAGAAUGUCCAACAAAUAAUGCGAAUGCCAAUGCUGAAAGCUGCGGCAUGUCAUCUAAUGAAACCUUGAAGAAUCCACCGCAGCAGUUGUCAGGAACAUCUUCAUUUGACAACAGCGAAUAUUGUAUAUUUACACAGAAGCAAUCUUCUGAACUACAUGACAACGAUCAUUUGGAUACCGACCGUGAAGAUAGUGGUAUUCAUACCACUGACGUAUCGUGUUCUGUAUCUCAAGCAGACGAUCAGAAUGAAGAAGUCGAACAGGACGAUGAGGCUAGUCAAAAGCUUCAGCUUUCCAACAAUCACAAAAUUGAAGCACUGCCUUCUAGCAAACCAUAUUAUCUUGAUCAAGCUGACGCUGAAGAAAUUUAUAAUGACGGAAUUCUUGACGAUGCUCUGGAAAUGGCUUUCCAAGAAAUUGAUACAAUGGACGUAACUCCUUCACAAGCUAAUUAUCCUCAUGAUUCGGACACAUUCUCUCAAAAUGUAAGCAGCAUUAAAACCAAUUCUGAACAGAUCAAGAAGAACAUGAGAGCUGAAGAUUUUGAACCCUAUUACCAAGUGCCGAAGUCACAGGAGCCAUAUUAUGAAGUACCAAAGACUAAAUUUAUACCAUUAUACGAAAACGUGGAUAUUGUGCGUGCAGCGGCGAUGAGGAGUAGUGAAGCAGUUGAUUUAACUGUUGCUGGCUGUACAAAUCAGCAACCACCAAAAGAGAAACCACCACCGCCUCCAGUUGACAUGAGUCCAGACGACCGGUUGGAAAAUGCGGAAAAUUUCAAACGCAUAAAUUCUACGAAACGUAUCAAAAACGAAAUCCGCAAUAGCCGGACCAGCUUUCUUGGCAUAGAAUCGCAUGAUGAAAAUGGUGGCCAAUUGUCGUUUGCCCAUUUGCUCAAAUCGAAUGCCAGUGACCAGCAGGAUAGCAGAAGUGAACAAAACUAUCUUUUAAAAGCUAGAUCGUACUCCGAUGUUGGAGAUAUUCGAGACUCGAGUGUUGUACAAAAUCAUUUACGCCAAAACAGCGACCUGUGUACUUCACUGUACGGUGGAUCCCUAGACAUGGUCACACCAAAUCAACCAUCAGAUCAACGAUUUUUAACAUUCAAUCAAUACACUGAAAUUAACAAAGAUAAUCCGUUGCAGCGAAGCUUUACCGAGGGAACAAACCACUGGCUGAUAGACAAUGAAUUUUUGAAACAAGAGAAUGCCCAAAACAUGUCGAACCAUGUAGAAGCCCUACAUGAUAUGGAGCAAGUAAAGGAGCUUCGACAAUCCUAACAACAUGACUCGUUUGCUCGCAAAUGAAAUGAAUGUGAAUACAUCUAGUGCACAAAGCAAUAAUCCCAAUGAAAACGAGGAUAAAAUUCUUAGCGUGAGUGGUAAAAAAAAAUGUUCACAUUGCAAUAAUGAGUUAG